CCAUACACCGGGUUUCAUGAUGCUGUAAGAACCAUAAUGAAAGAAGAAGGAUGGAGGGCACUUUAUAAGGGGCUUAUGCCAGGCCUAUUUCUGGUUACCCAUGGCGCUAUUCAGUUCACAGCAUAUGAAGAAUUUCGUAAAGUUCUUGUAAGCUCGAAAGCUCAGGAAAAUGAAAACACUCUUGCCUCAGCUGCUGACUUGUUGGAUUCAGUUGACUAUGCGACACUAGGAGCUUCUUCCAAGCUGGCAGCGAUUCUCACAACGUACCCAUUUCAGGUUGUACGAUCUCGAUUGCAGCAACGACCAAGUACAACUGGAGUUCCGAGAUACAUGGAUAGCUGGCAUGUUGUGAAGGAAACUGCAAGGUUUGAGGGCAUACAAGGCUUCUACAGAGGUAUCACCGCGAACAUGCUGAAAAAUGUCCCUGCAGCUUCCAUUACGUUCAUCGUCUAUGAGAACGUCCUAAACCUGCUAAAAUUGUCUAGGAGAGAGUAUUAGUUCUUUUACAUCCUUUUUCCUCCCGUUCUUGUUGUAGCAUUAGGAUUCUACACUAGUGAAAUUUUUUGGGAAAAGGUAUACUCAGAUUUGAGAGGGGUACAAAUAGGUUCAUGAUACCACUUUACUGGCAGGCGCACUUGUUAAUAUUUAGAGUCUUUGUAAUUUAUCAGAAAAGAAAUGAUCUUCGGUCUUUGUUCAAGUACCCAGGAGACUGCUGCUGUAGCAAGAAUAAUAGCGGAAUCUAUGCUUUGACUGUAUGUGAUCUUUGUUACUUAAAUGCAUGUUCGUGGUUGUUUGAAAGGGAAACUUGAAGAGAUGUAUCAGAGUUUGCUCUCUCGCUUGA